AUGACGAUCGAGACCCUCUUGCCGGUUUUCUUGAUCUCAAAGCCUGAGAUCACUUACUUGCCAGAGACUGAAACCUCAAAGCCAGUACUCCUCGAGCCUUAUCAUGUGGACCUGCUACCUGAGUACUCUUACGUUAGUGAAGAGUUUCUGAUUUCUGGGAUUGCUCAUGGUGAACCAUACUGCACCCGCCUUCUCCUUCGUCGUCCAGUGGAUAUUAGCAAAUUCUCUGGGUUCGUUGUCGAGGAGCCAUCGCACUUGUGGGGUGGAACUAGUAUCUGGCGUCAUAUUAAUCGCUGGCUUAUGCGGAAUGGUCAUGCUUGGCUGGAAGUUGACUCGCAGGCUCCAUCGGCCAUUGGUAAAAUCAAGAAUGUUGACCCAGAGCGAUAUAAGCAGAUCUGCUUUAUUCCAGGUCCUACUUCGGAUGAAUUUGCCGAAAACAUCCCUUUCGUAACAGAUGUUUCGAAAGAGGCUUUGUCGAGAAACUAUGACAACUUCAAAGCCAAAUGGUGGCCUGCAACCUUGCAGUCUCCCGAUAUUCUGGGAGCUGCUUCAUAUGCUUUGAGGUUCAUCACUCAUUCAUCACACUUGCGGCUACCCGAUGGCUCUCAUCCUUUCGAAGGAUACAUCCCUUGUCAGUCCGGCGGUACUGCCCUGCCAGACUGUGCACCUGCAAAGAUCAUCGAGCUUCUAGGAGAAUCUGAAUUUCCAUCUGUUCGAUUGCCCUGCGGUGUUAGUGGGCAGAUGAAAGAGACCACCCAUCGCCGUCCCGAUAGCGAUUUCUUCCGCUUGUAUGAAAUAGCAGGGAUGGCGCAUCGCGAGUCCCGAUAUCCUUCGGAACUGGACUUGAAGCGCUACUCAAUGGUCGACCUUAAGGGUGCUGAGUGGAGUACAUUCUCAAACUCAUUCAUUUACCACGCUGUACUCGAGUCCAUGUUGAAGUGGAUCUCUGAAGAUAAAGCGCCAGCAGCGAGUGCUUUUAUUCAAACAGUGGGAAACACGGAUGAAAUUGUGCGAGAUACACAUGGAAACGCUAUUGGUGGCGUAAGAACUCUACACACUGAUGUGCCGUUGGCACGCUUUGUUGCUGCGACUCCUAAGGGCAGACCGAAUUGGUACUGGGGAUCUGAGUGGCCAUUCUCUGAUGAUGAGCUUCACGCGCUUUAUGGAUCUCCCGCCGAGUACCGACUACAAGCCGGUGCCGCGCUUGCAAAGCAGAUUGAGUCUGGUUUCUUACUUGCGGCAGACUCGGACGUCCUUCGCCGGGAGACAGUUGAAAAGGUUAACUUUUGA